AACCGACAAGUGAGUCGUCCCCGUCGUCUCUCCGUCCGCCACCGCCGUGUUUCUUGUGUUCUGUGUAAGUGUUUAUAUGUGUGUUUAAAAUCAAUUGCUUAUGUGAAAUUUACUGUUUAAGUACUUGCCGUUUAAUUAUUAAUUUGUAAUUUAACUGCAUACUUUGUGAACAUUGUAACAUUCGUUCGUUUACCUUAACUGUCGUCUUCGGUCAGAUUUCGCAUUAGUCGCAUAUAGUUAUCGAUCAGUUCUCUUGUUUGAUCGCCUUGUUUUUGUUUUGUUAUCUUACCGAUAAUUCUUUAAUUCGAGAGAUGAUUAAAUAUUCAUUUCCUCUGCUUUAACAAGUAAAAUAAUAUGGCUUAUAAAAUCUUAAGUUUUCGCUCAAUGUGUGUUUUUCCAAGAAAUAGUUAAUGUUUGUGUUUAUGUAUUUUCGCAAUCUAGAGGAGACAGUGAAACAUCUUACUUAAAACGAGAAUAAAUAUUUAAAUCUAAAAGGAGAUCUAGGAUUUGCAAUGUUGCAAUGAUACCUUACUCAUAAUGAAAAUCAUUGAUUUAACUAUACAGAAACAAGUGCUGGCCUGUGUGAUAAGGCUUUUGAAAAAUAAUCACUAUGAUUUGUCAACCAAUGUGUGACAAGCUGUUAAAAGUUUUUAGUGGACCGUACGACUAAUUUGCAGUAUUGACAUGGAAACAGAUAUUAAACAGCGCACUAAGCGCAGUAAACGACGUGAAAGGGCCCAGCGUAUGCAUGCCCAGAAACAUGAAAUGGAUAGUGGUGAAGAUGAUGAACUUGUAGCAAAAGAAAAAGUUAAAAGGCCUCCCCCCCCUAGUCGCCGAAAAAAGAAUAAAGAUACUGCAUUAUUUGAUGAAGAUGUUGUUGAUGGAUUUGCAAUUCUAUCUUUUAAAUCAUAUGAAGACUUAGAGACUUGCGUGCAACAAUGUUUGGUCAAAAGUGCUGUCACGUUGGGUCUAGACCCGUCGUCACACCGCAAAUAUCACCACCGGAAUCAUGUGCACAACCACAACAACAACAAUCAUCAUGAUAGCAACUCCAGUACACCUGUCACUCCAGUGAAAACCGAAUAUAACGUACCUAGUCCUCCCACGACGCCUAACCACUUCAAUCAUAACAAGAAUUCAUCGUCCCUGGAUUUGAAGAAUGACAGUGAAGGCGGAGAAAAUGAUUCAUCGUUAGUGAAUUCCAACUCGGUACAGUCAUUUAAAAGACCAUUUGUUGCAAAAACUUCUUUGCCAAACCAAAGCGGCCAUAGACGGUCUAGUUCAAGGGAGAGAUCAAGCGAUGCUAGCAGUAAUUGCAGUUCUGGCAGAGGAUACAUCUGUGAUAGUGAAGAUGAUGGCGAUAAGGGCUCGGACAACUCAGAUCUAUUCCGCACCACUUUGGUUUCCAGGAAAGAUGAGCUACCCGGUAGAGUUCCUUCUACCGAGUGUGGAAGUCAACAGCAAUCAUUACCUUCGGCAACGGUAUCGGCGGAACCUGUACCGACGGCGACGACUACUACGACAACGACGACGACACCGCCUAAUAACAGGCAACCCUCCUCACCCCCACCGCUAGUCAACGGCAUGGACUUUACCAGCCGACCGCCUACCCCUGAAGCGACAACCACCGUCACGGCUGUUACAACAGAUACCACGGGUACCAUGGAUGUGCUAUCUUCCGCGGCUGCUCAAAAGUCUCCGCAACAGAUGUUGCCUCCGUCUAUGACUCCGCGGACCUUACAAGUAUCUCAAUCAAAUAAGUGUCCGUCACCGGUGGCACAGCUGGAACCUACCCCGCCGGGCUCUCAUAAGCCUUCACACACUCUUGUCAACGGGCUUGACACUUUGCCUACGCCUCCUAUCGCCUCCGCAAUCGUGUCUUCGUCGGGAUUAAGUAGUCCGAAGAAUUUCUCAACAACGGUGCAACCGUCUAUCAGUUCAUCGUUGACUCCUUACCAGACUCCACCGCAGGCUUGUGCGCUUUCGCUUAGCAUUACCAACUCGUACAUUACCCCGUCAACAUCGCAACAUCCUGUGUUGUCUCACGCAGCCUCCAACUACAUACCCAAGUCGUCGGCCAGCCAGCCGCCGUCGCCGCUGCAGCACAUUUCUUCGCCAUACAUUCAAAAACCCAACCAGAUGCUUUAUCAUCCGCCGUUGCAUGGGUCGCCGUAUCCGCCACCGUCCGGAUAUCAUCCGAGUGCGUAUAAACCGGCGCCGUCGCUGCUUACGCCUGCAGCUUCAUCAUCGUACUUGCCAUACACCACGUUGCAGUCAACAACGGCAACCGUAUCGGCUUCGAGCACUGUACCAAGUACGGCCACUGGUGGUCAUUUAACCACCACUGCACCACCACCAUCGUCGGUCGCGGCGACUAGUCUGGUUUUGCCAUACCAACCGGCUAUUCAUGCUCCUCAGCAUUAUCCGCCGCUGUACGCACCUUACCGGAGUACGCCUUAUAUGCCGUCUACGCUGUCAAGUGCAGCUAGAUCAAGUCGAUCUUCUCCAAUGUCUGUGAUAUCAACCAAAUCCAAUGUAGUAUUAGCACCCAGCCAUGUAACUUCAAAUAUUUCCUCUGGAACAGCAACUAAUACAACUCCUUCUUUACUGAGCAGUCAUUCUCUGUUGGCCAGAGGACAUUCUCCACGUCGUCUCAGUCCUAGUAGAGAACGAGAUAGUUACAAAGCUCCAGGAAGUACUGCUUCAUUGGCAUCACCUUCACCAUUUAAUGCUGCGUCAAUAGCAUUACCACCAGUUGCUGCUCCUUCUUUGACACCCAAUGUCCCAGCUUCGGCACCUUCUAGUCUUGUAUACAAUAAAACGCCCCUUUGGGGCCCCAUGGGAAAUAAUAGUAUUACGACAUCUACCAUGGUUACUACUACUAGACAUCCAUCGUCAUAUCCGCCACCAUUAUUUUCAUCACCAGCUGCCACAGCUACAUCUCAAUCUAGUGCAUUGCCACCAGCAGCUCCUCCUGCUCACAAUCCAUUUUCUGCAGAAUCUUUAUUUCAAUCAAAUCAAGCAGAUAUGUUAAGAAGAGAAUUAGACUCUAGAUUUUUAGCAUCAUCGCAAGAAAGAGCUUUGGCUGUUGGUGCUCCAUACUUGCGUACAGAGAUGCAUCAUCAUCAACAUCAACAUACCCAUGUACAUCAACAUACAGCGACACCACUUAUACCUUCAGUAGCUGCAGCUACUCCAACUAUGCCGAAUGCUUCAGCUAUACAACCAGCACCUAACUCAGCAUUGUACCCUCCUCCAUUAUUUAAAGAAAUACCAAAAUUAGGUGGAGUUGACUCUCCAUUUUACAGGCAAAGUCUGUUGCCUAGUAAUUAUCCAGGAUUCACUCCUAGUUUAUUACAUUCGUCAAUAGGGCACACUCCAUUUACACCACCAGCCCAUGUUCCAACAUUCACUCCUAAGUUGACUGAUACAUCAAAGCCAACUAAAUCAAGUAAACCUGGUAAAUGGAAUGCAAUGCAUGUUCGUUUAGCAUGGGAAAUUUAUCAUUAUCAACAAAAGCAACAAGCAGCUGAAUCAAAAAAUUCUGUUAAUAAUCUUGUGCCAAAGACUGAAUUACCUAGGCCACCUACUCAUUUAUUUCCCCCUAAUCGACCGCCUCAUGAUCUCUCACCCUUCUCUACACCUCAUCAUCAUCAUGCUGGGUUACCCCCUGGAUAUCCACCUAUGGCUGCUGCAGCGAUGUUUGCUAGAUAUCCUACAGGAUUUCCACCUAUAUCACCUUUCCCUCCAAAUCCCAUAAAUGAUCCAUGGGCACGAUUACAACCUUCACGAGGAAUUCCUACACCCAACUCUCCUUAUGGAUCAGUAGCAAGUUGGCAAAUUAAACCAGAUCCUGUAGAAACUGAACGUGCAGAACAGCAACAGCGAGAGAGAGAAAGGGAACGGGAAAAAGAAAGAGAAAGGGAACGGGAACGGGAAAAAGAAAGAGAAAGAGGGCGUGAAAGAGAACGUGUUAAACGUGAAGAAAAACGAAGGCAAAUAGCCCAACAACAAUUGCAACAACAACAACAGCAUCAACAACAUUUACAGCAGCAACAUCAGCAUCAGCAAGCUGUUAAGAUGAGAGAACGUUCUCCUCUUAAAGAACCAAGUAUGAUUCAUAAGGAAGAAGACAUAAAUAUGAUGUUGGGCCGUGUUCCACCACCAUCUCAUUACUUACCACCUCCACCUAGACAUCCACAAAGAGGUUUGCCAACACACUUUUCACCAUGGGAUCAGUAUAGAUAUGAUUCACUAAGAUUUAGUCCAUUAAUUGCUGCUGCUGCAUACAGAGCAGAAGAAGAAGAACAUAGAGCAAAACUAUUUGGUUACCACCCUCAAGCUCACUUAAGACCAAAAGAUCCAUCUCCUAAUACUCAUCGAUCUGUACCGCCUGAUAUGCAAUUACCCAAAAAAGAAGAAUCAUCUCAAUCUAGGUAGUCAAUGGAUGUUAAAGUUAUUAUUUUUAAUGUUUAAAUUUAUGAUUGUCAAAAUUGUAAUUUGACAAAAGUUGUUUUAUUAUUAUGUUAUAUUCUCUUUCAACUUUUCUCCUGCUAUAAAAUGUGUUAAUUAAACAAAAUUGUGGAUGUAUUUUGAUUAAAUAAUUGGAACUUUAUAAUUUUUUUAUUAUGUACAAUUUUUGAAGCUAAAAUUUAUUGAGAUGUUAUUUAGGUCUCAAAUGGAUAAUUUUUUUUAUUAUUAUUGAAGUAAUUUUUUAUAAAUACAAAUUAAUAAAAUUAUUUAAAAACUUUUGAAACAUCUAAAUGAAUUAAUGAGAUAUAUUGAAUUAAGUGCAAUCAAAGUGUCUCUUACUAUUAAAUCUAUAUAUAUAUAAUAUAUAAACUGAAAAAUAAAUUAAAUUUGUAUAGGAUACACAGGGUCAAUUUACAUUGCUGUACUGAUAUUUUGGCCCUUUUAAGACAAUUACGUUGGAAAUCAAUUUCCUCUACCAAAUUAAUUUUAAUAAAACUGAUAAUUUACCCAAAAUGUUUAGCUUUUAAUAUUAAUAUAUUACUUUUUUUUUUUUUAAUUAUUUAUUUUGUUCCUAUUAUUGUUUAAUAUGGUGUUUUUUAUAUAAUAGAUGAAAUCAGCUUAGGGAUUAUUUAUAAAAUAGAAAUUAUAAUUUAAAAGAAAAUUAUAUAAACCCCGACAUUUAAGUUACCAAUAAAGUAUAAUUAUAAUUAUAAAUUUGCAAUUCACAUGUUUAUUUUUGCAAAAUAUGUGUUUGUUGAAAACAUUAUUAAACUCCAUUAACUUGUAAAUAGUAUGAAUAUUGGUGAACGAAAAGCCUGCGUCUUUCUUUCUUAAUUAUUAUAUUUUUUUCAUUUAGUUAAAAUUUGUUUUAAACAAUGUCAUUUUUGCACUAAUUAUUGAAUUUUUUUAAUUUAUUGUAUAAAUUAUUGAAACUAUAAAGUAUUUUGGUAUAAAUAAUGUGUCUUGUCAUGAUAUUUUUAGGUUUUUCUGAAAUGAUUACAAUAAAAAGUAACACUAUAAUUUUUGUAUUGCCAUAAGUCAAUUGUAAAAUUUAUCAAAUUUUAUCAGUGAAUAAUUUGAGUAUUAAAUGAAUAAAAAAAUUUUUUCUUAAAUUUAUAUUUAUUUUGAAUUAGUAAAAUACUUUGAAAGUUUGUACUUCAUAUUGCUAUAAACAAAAGAAAAUUGUUGAUUGUUUUAAUUUUAAAUUAAAAUAAUACCAAAUAUUUAUCAAUCAAUUAUGAAUACUUAUUGUGGUAGACGUGUAACUUAAAUUGUGUGUAUAUAAUGUAAAUUAUUAAAUAUUUAUUUUUGAUAAAUUUUAUUGUGAUUAUUGUUUGAACAUGAUGAAAUGUGUAUAUUAGUGUAAAGUGAUGAUACAAUAAUAAAAUUUUAUGUUCCAUUUCAA